AUGGACAACCAGCACUAUAAGGAUAUGCUCCACCGCAGUCAAAGCCCCGGUAUUUCUUCCUCUACAAACAGGGUCUUCCUAUUCGUCUUGUUGCCAUCUGGGCUCCAGCACUUCUACACCUUACCUCUCCUGGCCUUCCUCGUCUUAGGAGGCCUCCCUCUGGAGUACAACCACCAACACCUGCAACCCGACCUACCAACACCGCUGACAGGUGUCGCCCUCCGUCGAACACUGAUCGACCUAGUCAGGAUACUCCAUGACCAAUGGGCAGUCGACCUGCUGCACAUCUAUCAAAAGCCGCACAACUCUCAUCCACUCGCCCUGCAAUCUUCCAAAACCGUUCGCUUAGCUGUUUGGGAGUGCAUUGGUAAGAUCCUGGCGGCUCUACCUGCCCGCAACACGGUGAUCAUGCUUGGAGAUUUUAAUACUCAGAUCAAGCCAUGUGCUGCAGCUGGCACCAGGAUUUGUUCAGGCAACAGCUCGGGAACACAUCCACCUGAUCAGGCACGGCUGCAGCAUCUUGUCGAGGACUUCUCCCUCCUACAUCUCAACUCAUGGAGCAAGGCUGCUGGCCCCACGUACCAUCACAACAAAGGUGCCAGCCUCAUUGACCAUAUCAUCAUGCGUUCUUGCCAAGCGGAUGACCGUGCUCGUCAGGCCAAACCACUCCGCCUGGGACUAGCUGCAUGGAGACUUGGUGGCUACCAUUUACCACUGAAGGCCAGUAUCCCGCUUCAGCGCUUCCACACUCUCAACAAACUGGCAUCCCUACCUGGGGUCCAUGAUCUUGGGCAAUUACAUGCUACUCUGAUUCACUGUGCAUCCCAAUUUUUCCCGCCGCCCACAGGUCAGCAUCGGCUAGCACUAUGGCAGACACCACCAAUGCAGGAUGGUAUUCGAUCCAUGUGGCAGGCCUACCGAGCCUGGAAGACUGCCAAAGCUCAAGAUCGGCACAAUCCGCUUUAUGUAUCCAGGUGCUAUCAUCACUUCAAGACGGCACACAAGGCCUUUCGUCAAGCCGGGAAAGAAGCUAAGAAGCACUGGUUCCAUGGCAGGCUCCAGGAAUUACAGGCUGCCGCCUGUUCGGGUGACUCCCGCAAACUUUAUGCUGGCAUCCGCACCCUAGCUCCCAAAUCCUCCAAGCCGAAGGUUCAACUGCGAGAUUCUGGUGGUCAUCUGCAGGACCCUAAGAUCCAGCUACAACAGCUGGAAACGCACUAUCGUAAAUUAUAUGCUGCAGACGAGGAUACCAGCAUCCAGGGCCCCCAGCGGACACCCAUUCACAUCGAGGUCACGGAGGCCGAAAUGACCCUGGCACUUUCGCAAUUGUCACCCCACAAAGCUACACCUCCGAAUCUAGCCACAAACUCUUUAUGGAGGCUGACCUCGGACAUUGUCGCGCCUCUCUUGUGCCAAUGGUGCCGGCAAUGGCCUCAUAUACCAGAGCUUUGGCGGAAUGCAUGGUUGACUCUCGUUCCUAAGAUUCCGCGACCACUCUCACCAAAGAAUCUUAGACCAAUAGGGUUAACUGAAUCCAGCGGCCGCGCAUAUGCUUCCAUACUUCAGGCGAAACUGCGCCCCUAUGCAGAGAGGUUCCUUGCGGAUCAGGCACAAUUUGCAUAUCUACCGGGUCGCAAUGCUGCCCAAGCCAUACAUCGUGUUGCUGCUCACUGCAAGUAUGUACAGGAUCGCUGCUCGAUCUCAACACCCACGGUUGUGGAUCGUCACGCACAACAACCGAAACCCUGCCCACAUUUUGCAGGUGCACAACUCUCACUGGACUUGUCCAGUGCUUUCGACCUCAUGGACUGGCGCUUGCUGGACAAGGCAUUACUUGCAUCUGCAGUCCCGGCUGAGUUAAGACACCAAAUCAUGUCCUGGCACUCCGAGAUUUCCUAUGUCCUUACCCACCUUGGGCACACCGCCAAAGUGGAGGCCCAAAGAGGACUUAGACAAGGGUGUAAACUGGCUCCGUUGCUCUGGACACUUGCCCUGGCACAGAUAUAUCGUGAGCUCCUUGCAGAGGGGGACUCGCUCCUCACAGCCCCUUGGCUAGAGCAAAGCUCCACGAUUUAUGCAGAUGAUAUACAUCUUAAAGAUACCGUGCAGAACACUCGUGAGCUGGACGACAUGGUGUAUCGCUUUAGUAAGAUCCUCGAUGCUCUUGCUGCCCAUGGUAUGGUCAUCAACUCGGCCAAAUCAGCACUGUUGCUGAGACACAAGGGAAGUUUCAUCAAAGGCUGGCUGCGACGACAUCUCAUACACAAACCCGAGGGAGACCUACUACGCUUUCGUAGCCCCCUGGGAAAGGUGUACGAAAUUCCGUUGCGUGACCAUCACACGUACUUAGGCAUUCGCAUCUCAUAUCAUUCCCAGGCCAAACAAGCAGUCACCUAUCGGCUACAGGCUGCGAACCAGGCCUGGCAAAGACUUCGUGGUGUACUGUGCUCUACCAGGCACCUUGCUCAGACACAUCGUCUUAGUCUAUGGAAAUCCACAGUGCUUCCCACGCUGCUCUACGGCAUCGCGGCAUCCAACCCAGGUGCCAAGGAUAUCCAGCGUAUGCAGCACAUGAUGACCAAGCAGGUCCGAGCCAUCACCCGAUCUUUUGCACAUCUUCAGAAAGAAUCCACACACGACCUCCUGCAUAGAUGCUCUCUGUUCACCAUCUUGGAGCAUCUCCAGAGGGAAGCCGCCGCCUUGCAUCGCAGCCUGACUGGCCUGAGUACCCAAACGAGCUUCGUGACCCAAGCCCAGGUGGAAACAGCUCGAGACACAGCUGCUACGCUCCAUCUACAGGUGCAACGCCAAUGGCAGGUACCUCUCGGUGACAAAGAGGGCAUCACUGACCCUGCAGUACACCAGUGCCAGGAAUGUCAUCGGGUCUUCACCUCCUUUCGGCUACUACGCUCUCACGAGGCUAAGUGGCAUGGACUCAAGACACCUGCUGCUGUCCCAGUGCCUUUUGAUAGGUAUGCACAUGGAACAGAAGGACUUCCAACGUGCAGACAUUGUGCCCAUCCCUUCCGACAAUGGGACGGACUUGUCAAACACAUCAAACGCAAUCGGUGCCAGGUACUCCGUAGACUUGCCACAAAACCUCCCGCUGAUGCCCAACCCUUGGCUCCGAGAUCAAGUGAAUCUGAUCCUUUACCAGUCCUUGCAUCGGUCACUCUGCCACCUCAGGCCUCCUCUCAGGAGACCCACAUCCUACAAGAGGCUCAGGCUGCUACGCCUACUACUAUUCCUGUCGUUAUACCUGAACCCCCUGUCACAGAUGCUCCACUGCAGGACAGCUCCACUACACCGAGCCAUGAGGCUGUUCCCCUUCAUCAGCAAUCUCAUGUUCUCGCAGCGCUACGUGCACGCAGGUGGACUGACCUCCUUGAGAAGCCGGAGAUCCAAUCGUAUCUCCAGCACCACUGCCCGCUGUGUUACCAGUGGCUAGCCACUCCUACCAGCAUCAAGUAUCAUCUCACCAUGCAACAUCCAGAGUGGAAAGACUGCCAACCUGCGACUCUCAAGCUCCAUACUGGUUUCCGCCGACAUACUCAGCGCAUCAUGACGCUCACCGCGGAUCCCAUGGAGCUGGACGAACAGGAGAGGCAAUUUUGGGCCCAGGCUGGUCCGGUCAAGCGGGAACAGGAACCGAGAAGAGAUAUGCUGCAACAAGCCGAGCAAUCCAAGAGGCAGCGUCUGGCACCGCAGGACCGGAACAAGGGCAAGGGCAAGGGUACCAAGGGCAAAGGCAAGGGAAAGCAGGGCCUACCAAGUCCACCAAGUGCACACCCGACCAUGGGUUACACAAAUGGUUUCGGAAGCCAUCCACCCAAUCCAUGGACACAGACACAGGACCUGCAGCCACUGGGAAGUCAGGAUCUAGAAUGGAUGGAGUACAGGAUGAACCGACUAUCUCAGCUGGUCCUUCGUCAGGAGCAAAUCAUCUCAGCCAUCCGUCAGGAUCUGGUCCUCUACCUCUUUGUACGAUCAGGACCAGAAGGGAUGGUGCCAGUUCUAUGCGAAGCAGCGGAGAAGUGGAGGAAGAUGAAAGAGGAAGAACCCGAGAAGAUCACUUACUCCCUCAAACUCAUGCUAUUCAAGCAACUGCUCAUCACCUUGCAUCAGAGGUUGACCAACAUGAUCGCGGACGAGGAUGCUCUCGCCAAAGCCAAGAACCUGAACUGGAUCGACGAUCAGAAACAUUGGAAACAUCUCACAUGGAAUCCUUCCAAACAAUGUCUGGAAGUAGACAACUCAGUGAGGCCAAUACCGGCGGAGGAUCUGUUGGCCCAACUGGUUCAGAUGAGGAAGGCUGUUACGGAGGAGACCCUGGUGAGGUUCAAGUCCAUGCGGAAGCUCACCACGGAGGUGACCUCCGACUGGAUCCAAUUCCAGAUCUGUUUGUCACUUCGCCCAGAGGGAGGAGCCAUGUGGAGUACGCUGAACCAGUGGAUCGGUCAAGCAUCGUGGCACACACUGGGAUGCAGGCUCCGUCGCGAUCGACCGAACUACGACACCCUGGCCGUUCUUCGAUUGAUCUUCCACAAUCCAUCGAAUUUGUGCUACCUACACUCUACCAUCUAUGCCCUUCUGUGGACAAUCCUUCAGGCUAGGCUACACGAUGCCUACAUCUCGCCUCCACCGCAGGCUCUUACCAUGUUGUGUCCACCAAUCACUGAUUCGCCCAAUUGUCCCAUUCAGGUGCUCCAUUCGGUACCGUGGCUUAUGCUGCUGCAAGCUUGGCCUUCUGUACACCGUCAGCAUGAUGCAGCUGAGUUGAUACAAUACCUCUUACCCAGGUUUUCGCAUAGUGGGUUCAAUGGUGGCUGGGAGGCCAGAAACUUUGCACCUGGAGGUAUUGCCACUCUUGAUACGGGGCCUACCCAAGCUCCAAUUACGAUUGUGCUACCGGCAGGUCCAAGCUUGGAGCUUCAGGCAGCCAUUGAUGGGUGGAGUGCUCAGGUCACAGCCCGUUAUGCACUGCUGACCCCGUCUCCCAUGCUCUGCAUACAACUUCAGCGCUUCACGAAUGCCGAGGGAGUCAUGCGCAGGGACACCAGACCACUGGCUAUGGCCUCGACUACAGUUCGUAUGCCACUCUUUGCAGGGCUGCACACUAUGCAAGUUCGCUAUGUUCACUACCAGGUCGUCGCUGUACAGCUUCACUACGGGGACUUCAGUGACCUCAUUGAACGGGCGGACGUUGAUUUAAACGAGAACUUGCUGGCCGUUUGCGAGCGGACCUAUGUCGCCAAUGUCUCCGUCGGCAUUCACUUGCUGGACAUCGCGCCGGAGUCAGCCUUGGAGUCGUUCACCCAUCUUCUAGUGUCCACUGCCUCUUCGGGAGCCGAGCAGUCUACGCCCAUGUCGACCCCCAUUCUGGACAUCAAUAGUAGCAUUUCCAAUUUGCUCUUCGUCGACCAGGACUUGGACGAGGAUGAGCUUGGUGGCGACAUUCUCUGGCUUGCGCCGACAGAUGUCAGGAGGGUGCUGGGCUACCGGGUCUACCUGAGCACAGGGCUGCGGGCGGGGCAGCCGAGGUCCCUCAUAGGUUCAGAGAUAGCGGUGGGCACCACGCAGACCUUCCUCCCUGCCGAAAGCUCCAUGCAAGCAUGGACGCACAUUGCAGUUUUCACCCGCUCGCAGCUCGUGGAGCAGACGACACCGGCAGGUGCCAGCAUCUCUGACACGUCGUCAGUUUCGACCAUCGACUUUCGUGACGAUGAUCUUGAUGAAUUCGAAGUUGGCGGCGUGCUGUUCUGGAAGAACGGCAGCGACUUCACCGAGGCCACCCACUACGAGGUCUAUCUCGCCGAAGACCGCAAUGGCACGAACCGCUCUUACCUGGGCAAUAUUUCGUAUGACGCCAACAGUUUCGACGUUCCCGCAGACACGGCUCUGCAGUCGUUCAGUCACCUGGUUGUAUACGCCCGCUCGGAGCUGGUGGAGCAAACCACGCCGGCAGCUGCGCGGCGUAUCGUCGACACUGUUGCGAGUGUCUCAGCGGUGAGCUUCGUCGACCUGGACCUGGAUGAAGAUGAACUUGGAGGUCAUCUGCUGUGGCAAGAGCCGUCAUCCACCGAGCGAGUCGAGUUUUACGUGGUGUACCUUGCGCUGGACUCGGUCGGCACUGGCCGCUCCCUAGCUGCUGGUGGAGAGGUGUUGGUCGGUACGCAGCGGACCACGUUGCCGGCGGACACCAGCAUCUCCAGCUUCAACCACUUCCUGGUGUACACGAAGUCGACCUUGGCAGAGCAAAGCACCCCCGUGGGUGUGGCACUUUACGAUUCCACGGCCUUUGUGGGGAACCUGUCCUUCCCGGACAAGGACUUGGAUGUGACGGAACUGGGAGGAAACAUCACUUGGAUCCCUCCUGCCGAUGACCGGCUGGUGACCUUCGGAAUGAAGCCAGUUCAUGAACGGACUUGUGUUCUUACCGCUCUGGGUCUUUCGAAAGGUGGAAGGUGUUUUUGGGUCCUAUGGUCACGGAGUGGCAUCGAAGUUUGUGCGGGUACUUUGGCUCAGUGGUUGUAG